AUGUCUGGUAACAGGGAGCAGGUCUUCCCCACGAGAAUGACGUUGGGUCUGAUGAAGACAAAGUUGAAAGGUGCCAACCAAGGUUACUCGUUGCUGAAACGUAAGUCCGAGGCGUUGACGAAGCGGUUCCGUGAUAUUACGAGAAGAAUUGAUGAUGCGAAGCAGAAGAUGGGCCGUGUGAUGCAGACCGCGGCGUUUUCGCUUGCGGAGGUGUCGUAUGCAACUGGGGAGAACAUCGGGUACCAGGUGCAGGAGAGCGUCUCCGGUCAGAGCAGGUUCAAGAUCAGGGCGCGCCAGGAGAACGUCAGUGGUGUUCGUUUGCCCCAAUUUGAGUGCUACAUUGACUCGCAGAUUAACGACUUCAAGCUGACCGGUUUGGGUCGUGGUGGGCAACAAGUUCAACGAGCCAAGGAGAUUUACACGAAGGCAGUGGAGACACUUGUGGAAUUGGCCUCGUUGCAGACUGCGUUCAUUAUCCUUGACGAUGUGAUUAAAGUGACGAACAGAAGAGUCAAUGCUAUUGAGCACGUUAUCAUUCCACGGACUGAAAACACGAUUGCUUACAUUAAUAGUGAGCUAGAUGAACUGGACAGAGAGGAGUUUUAUAGACUGAAGAAAGUCCAAGAGAAGAAGCAGAACGAGACCAAGCAGCUGGACGAGGAGAUGAAGCUGAAGAGACUGGCGCAAGAAAAGGCGGAAGCUGGCACUUCUGGUACGGCAGGUGCAGGUGCAGGUGCCAGUGUGGAAAACGACGACAAGACACGGAACUUGGUGUCAACAACGGAGGAUGACGUUAUAUUUUAG